UCGUGGGCGUUACAACGCCCCAUCCCCCCCUCUCACUCUCUCUCUCUCUCUCUCUCUCUCUCUCUCUUCUUUCCCAGGUUCCCCUUGGGCGAGAUCGCGGUGCGCUCUAGAGAUCCAGAGCUCCAAGAGCUUUAAUUCUACUUCUCGUCUUCGUUGGCGAUCGUCGUAGGGAAUAGAGAGAGGAAACUUUCUGCAUCGCUCUUAUCCAAGAAAGUUGAUCGUUGCAUAAGACAGAAAGAAUUGGGAGAAAAAAACUAAAGAAGGGAAAGGAAAGUCUUCUAGUUUGCUUAAAAUAGUGGAUCAAUGAAUUCAAGAAGGGAUUAUCGUAGCACCAGAGCUGCUCUUUUUGAUGGCAUUGAAGAGGGUGGAAUCCGAGCUUCAUCCUACAGCUCUCAUGAAAUUGAUGAACAUGAAAAUGAUCAAGCUGUUGAAGGGCUACAAGAUAGAGUCAAUAUUCUAAAGAGAUUGACAGGUGAUAUACAUGAAGAGGUUGAGAGUCAUAAUCAUAUGCUUGACCGAAUGGGCAACGAUAUGGACACAUCUAGGGGAAUCCUCUCUGGAACGAUGGAUCGAUUCAAGACGGUUUUUGAGACCAAAUCAAGUCGCAGAAUGGCUACGCUUGUGGUGUCUUUUCUGGCUCUCUUCUUGCUCAUAUAUUACUUGACCAAGUAGCAACCAUAGCUUUUUUUCUUAAGCUACUACAGGUAGCUUUGUGAAGAACUUAAAAAGACACCCUUAAUUCUGUCAAUGUUGGGAUUCUCAUAACAAUAUCAGUGUGUAUAGUAUUUCCUGUGCAAAUCGACAAAUGUCAACAUAUAAGAUCUAGGUUGCUGGUAUCCUGUUUGCUAGAGAACCUUUACUUUGUGAAUCCUUUUUCUUCAUCAUUUGCCGUAGUUGUAUGAUGGUGCAUGCGCUCGUUCAAUCUUAUGCUGGCUGUGCCAAGAGGUAGUAAAGGCAUCCGGCUGUAUGUGGCCGAAAUUCCAAAGGCCUCAAAUUGAUCCGCCAUGAUUCUCGUGAAGAAGGGUCCUUUGAAGUCAUUGUUAUAUAAUCAUAUUCAGGCCAUCACAUAUUGGAAUUGUUUGUACAAUCAUGGGCUGGUUUGUUGACGUGUUACUGUUGAACUCGUGGUCAACCACCAAGGAAAAAGAAUUAAAGCAUGAAGCAUGAGAAGGGUCAACAAACUUCAAUAUCUUUGGGGGGCUUAAGCUUUUUGAUACCCUGAUGUGGAAGUUUUGACUCUCUAGGCGAUGAACAAAGACAACGAACUCGAGGCAGGGGGGUCAGGGGUAAUAAGCUGUCUAGUGCACGCCAGCAAAAUCUUUUCACUGUUUGGUGUCUUUGCUGCCUCCCGGACAGGGUGCACAGUUUGGGUGCUCUGCAGGUUCUUUUGCAAGCUUCGACACUAAUUGCUGGAUUUUUUAAGACUCUAUUAUAUAAAAGUUGUGCAUGGUUUCUUAAAA